AUGAAGGGCACGCCAACACGGGAAAGGGCUGCGUGUUGGCUUCCCGCCAUGGGAAACCUCCUGUCAGAAUGCAAGAGGUGCACGCCUUUGGUUGAUCAGUGUGAUCUUUGUUGUCCUGAUGUGACCCGGGCUGACGAUGGGGCGCUUGGUAGGCGGUCGCAAGCCCAAGCUGCGCGACAUCAUGAAUACCAGCCAGCAGAUAUCUCAGAGGCCGAGCUCAUGCAGCAUGCGCUUCGCCUCUCAGAGCUUGAGGCUCAGCAGCGCGGGCAUGUGGUGGCUGGUUCCCUCCUCGCAGAUCAUCCCCUGCAAGCGGACUUCCACGAUGAUGACGAUGGCUCUCCUCAAGAGGCAGCGGAACAGAGAGCCAGGCUACGCGAAGAACAGGAGGCAGAAUACCAGGAAAGCCUUCGCAUCGAUCGGGAGCGUGCGGAGCAGGAGGCUCUCAGGCUAAAACAGGAGGAGGAGCGGAAAAAGCAAGAAGCUGAAGAGCAGGAGUCCAAAGCCAAGCAGGCUGAAGCUGCUGAGUUGGCGCGUCAGGAUCACCUUUCACGAAAGCUGGAUGAGGCCAAGAGCAUCAUCACGCCGGAGCCCCCCGCUGACGAAGCUGGCCGGCUUCAGUUCCAGAUCCGCAUUCCCGAUGGAAGGCGGCUGAAGCGGGCAUUCCGACCUGAGGACAGCAUUGGCCAGGUCUAUGCCUACGCCUGCGUCGAAGGUGGUGAGGCUCUGGUGACUCGCGAGUUUCGGCUUGUGGAGACCAUGCCGCGCCGCACCUACGAGGAUCGGAGCAUCACUUUGGCGGCUGCAGGCCUUAAGGGCCAGUGCACGCUGCUCGUGGAGUUCACGGAUGAUUGUUCAGUUGUAGAUUGUUGCAGAAAGCAAGCUGGUUUUGGCACUGACUGGGCCACGGAUUCCUUUGUCAAAGAGGGAUUUUGGGCAGGGUUCUGCUUUGCGAGGGAUCUGGACGUGUCAGAGUUCAGAGCAAAGGUCCCCGAGCUUUGCCGCAUUCACAAGGAAGCAGGAAGCACAUUUGGCAAUCUUUUGAAGAAAACGCCAGCGCAUCUGGGCCGGCGAUCAGUGCUGCUGCCGGCUCUCGGCAUCUUCUGCCCGCUGCCGGCCCGAGCGCAGCAGGGCCCGGAGGAGCGGUUGUCGCUGUACAAGGGCAAGGCCGUGUCCGUUCGGGAAUCUGCCGAGUGGUAUCGCUUCUACGUCGGCGAUUUGGUUUCGAGGGGAAGCGGUGAAGAUACCAGGGACGGUCUCAAGGUCAGUGACGAAGACUGCGGUGGCGGGCUGUGCCUUGCCGGCCAGGCUCUGUCGGAGCUGCAGCGGAUCGUGACUUCAGGAUCAGGGCCCGGAGGUGGACUCUCGCAAGUAGAGCGUGCGCUGACCACACCGCUCUUCUUGAUGGUUGGCUUCGAAGUUUGGGAUCCAGACUCGAGCUUUGGUGAUGAGGCCAGAAAGGCAGCCGGGAAAUUCCAGGCGACCAUCAAUGAACUGCGAGGCAAGCUGAGCGAGCGCAAAGACGCCGACGUGGCCAGCAAAUUGUACAGGAAGAGCUUGGAGGAGUUGAAUGACUUCUUUCGCAUCGCAAACGAAGCUGGUGGAGUGAAGCCUCAGGACGUGGAGUACCUGCCACAGUUGCCCUUGACCAAGCAGGAGCUGGACUCUUCAGAGUACUGGAAGGCUGAACGGGUUGCCUUCGAUGAGGCAAACGACCCGGUGCGCAUCUUUCAAGAGCGGAACGCAUUCGGAUCUCGGGACCUGCGCCAGAGCCUGAAGCGCUUCCCUGGAGCAACACUCGUCUACCCCGGCACUCUGGUAGCGGUGCACCCCAGCAUCGGUGCAAAGACCACAAUUUUUGGCACUGCCAACGGCGCCGGCACCACCGGCAAGCCCUUGACGGCGCGUGCAAACCAAGCAGAUCCAUACACUGUUUUGGGACUUCCUCCCGGCACUGCGGACGAAGACGCAGUUCGAACGGCCUUCCGCCGUCUUGCAAAGGUUUAUCACCCUGAUGUGCCGCAGACUGGAGACAUCAUGAAGUUCCAGGAGAUACAGACAGCGGCGCAGCAGCUCAUAACAGGACGCGCUCCGGGUGCUGCCUGGGAUGCCAGCUCCCUGGAGAAUCUCUUCACGGGGAGCUCCACUCAUGUCUACUCGUCAGCUGCGCAGAGGCCACCGUCCACAGCGCAUCAGCCACUGCAGCAAGCUGACUUCGCAAGUACCCGGAAUGGGAGAGUGGAUAUCGCCUACUGCGCCAGCAUGCGCGACUCAAGCUUGCGCAAGACUGCGAGGCUGGACAGGAUCACCCUCCAAGCGUCAGCGGAGACGCUCUCUAGAGUUCAGCGGGUGCUGACUGAGAUGUCGGGCACCACAGCGGAGCCGUCGAUGCCGCUUCCCAUGGUUGGCUUUAUUCUGGAAGGGCACACCCACAGCAUCGGUGAACAGCAGGUCGCUAACAUUGCCAUGGCACUGGAGAAGGAGUUCGGCAUCGAACUCCUGACCAUCCUCGCCGGCACAUGGAUCAACUUCCCCAUGCCCGUGGAACUCCAGACAGUGAAGGACUUGGCCGACUUUAUCGAGAGCAAAUUGGCAGCCUGA